AUGAGUAGUUUUAAUACAAAAUUGAAUUUCUUAUAAUAAGAAAUUAAGCUACUUUAAGACGAAAACACAGAGCUUAGACAUCUCCUAUAAUUAAAUAAACAAAUUAUUAAAAUCCAAGGAGGAUAAGCAAGCACAAACUUUUCAUUACCAAGUGGUCCAUAGUUGUCAAUUGAAGUUUGCAAGUCUGAUGCAAAUGAUUAUCAUGACACUUAAUUCGUGAUAGCAAAUUUGAUGGAUGAAAAUAAUAAACUACUAUCCAUCAAUGAAGAAUUAAGAAAGUAGAGAGAUUAAUUGAGAGCUCAAAAUCUCCUAUUACAACAAAUUGAAAUUGAAAACUCUUAAAGAAUACUCGAUAUCCAGGCUGAAAAGCAUCAGAAAUUAAUUGAUUUCUAAAAUUAAAUUCUAGGAAAAGAUAAUCAAAUCUAAGAAUUGAGUGAUUAAUUGUAGAACAUUCUCUCUAGAAAACGUCUCAAAACCAAAAUCUAAAUACCUUUGUAAAGUGAGUACCUAAUCUUUUAGAAUCAACUUGAGACUAUGAGCAAAGCUCUGAACUAUUACUAUUAGGAGAAUAAACUAUUCAGGUAAGAGAAUAAAAAGAUGUCAUUAUUGUUGGAUUUAUUAACCACAGAUAAGAAUGCAGAAAAUAAAUUAAAUUCAGAAUAAAGUCCAGAUAUCAAUGAUUCAAGUUAUUUUUUGGAGUCACUCCCAAUGAAAGUUAAACAACCUCCUAAUCCUAAUUAGUUAAUCACAGUACCCAAGCUUGAUCUUAAUAAAGCUCGCAAGAUCCAAUAACUUAAUGUUGAGAAACAACAGGAAUCUGAAGAAUAACACCUUCCCUUAGAAUAGUUUCUAACAAUUGAUAAAAAGAUUUAUCCAUAGACAAACGCUCAAACUCCCAGUUAAGGCAGAGGGGGACAAUUCAUAAGUCCAAAUAAAUUGUUGAUUUAAUUGACCUCAUUGGCAGACUCAAAUAAAACUUUGAAUAAACAACUUAAUCAAUAUAAAUAAAAGUUGCAGGAUGAAUUACUAUUAACAAAAUCACUUGAGACCAAACUAGAUGAAUUGUAUCGAUAUGUUUAAGACCUAGAAAAAACAAAUGAAAUUUUAAUCGCUUCUUAAAUAAAACUUACAAAUAAUCUUUAGAAACUAAAAAUUUUCGUUAUUACAGGUAAAAAGGAAUAAACAAUAACGGAUUUAUAUUAAAAAACUAAAGAUAGAAGUAAUUCGAUAUACUGA